AUGGGGGCCCUCUGCAGCAGCGAUGGCAACAGGAACAGCAAGGGCGCGGCCUCCGCUUCACGGGGCCGUGGUGGUGGGCCGCGUUCGGCGAGCGACGAAGGCAGUUCGCAUGCUCUGCAGCUACUGCAGUGCCUCAUGCAGGACAGCUGCAGCUGCGCCACACUGUUUGAGGUUGCGGUUGGUGUGUAUGAGGGCGUGCAGAAGCUCGCUGUGCGUUGGCGUCGAUCAGAGGCGGAGGUCCGCCGCCACAACAAACGGCUGCGCGAGUUGGAGACGGCCGCCGCGACGGCGCAGCAGCAGCAGGAGGAAUUGCAGCGGCUGCGGCGACUCAACAGUCUGCUGCACUGCCGCGCGGAGGAGAAGGAAGAUUGCGUGCGGAACUUGAAGGAGCGAUUGGCCUCUGCACGAUCUAGCGUGGCUGAGCUCAAGCAGAAGCUGGUGGACCAGCAACAGCGCCACCAGGAGCAACAAAAGCAGCAGGAGAAGCCGGCUGCAGUUGGAGCAGUCUCCUCGUUGCGGCGUCGCAGUAAGAAGACGGCUGCAUUAGUGCAGGAGACGGCACGCGCCGACAAGGCGGAGGCGGCGCUGCGAGUGGUGCUGCAGGAGCUGCACGACGCGAGGGAGGAGUUGCGCCAGGGCAAGUGCCUUCUUGAACGCCUGUUGAGAAGCGGGCAGGACAAUUUGCCUCCCACCCACGCUGCACAGCAGCAAUGCGUGUUGCCGACGGAGUUUAUACGCCUGGAGACGCCACCAAGGGCGGCGUCUCUGGAGAUUGAUGCGUUGAUCAUUGGGUCGCCCGAGCCGCGAUCACCACAGGAGCCGCAGGCGUUGUUAUCCUCCGCAGCGCUGGUGCCUCAGCAGCACGAGGGGGCGAGUACGGCGGAGGCGGAUGCAAAGUGGGAAACGACGCCAGCCGCAAGGGAGGUCGCUCGGAGCGGCGUGGAGGUCGGCACCUCAGCGGCCACCGCUGCCGCAACGAACAGCGUGAGGCCGCAGCCAGGGAAGAGUUCGAGGUGGGAGGCGGCGAUGUUGGCUGAGGACGGCGUGGACCCGUGGGGGGAUUGGUGA